AUGAACAUUUCAGAAGCCAUCCUUGCCUAUCUCAAUGAGAACAAACACACAUGCGAUGCUGAAACCAUGGUGAAUAAUAUUCAUUCCAUGGUGUUGCAAUGGCAACAAGAACAGCAACUAUUAGCGAAUAAUUAUUGUGUUUCUGCCCAUAGCACUGAGGAGGUUGCAACUACCACGACCCAUCCAACCCUUCAUUCCAACCACAACCACAACCACAACACUCAAAUGCUCAUACAAUCCAUUCGACCAUCAUCCACACUCACUAGCCCAGCAACCAAUCCAUCCAUGUUCCUCGCAGCAGAUUCCUCCUCCUUGUUGAUGAUGAAUCGAGUGAGCCAUCAACCAACACCUCCCCUGACAUUCCACAAUCAUCAACCAAUCACCACGAAUAGCCAAUCAUCUUCUGCUUACAACAGUAUUCCAGCAUCAUCGAAUGGUUCAUCCUCCAAUCAUGGUGGUCACUUGACGACACCACAAACCUGUAAUAGCAAUGGUCGUAAGGAAGGCCCAACCGCAGGAAUGAACCUUCAGCAUCCUCAAUCAACCCUUAAAUCUUCAAAUGUUGUAAAGCCUUCUAAUGGCAGCACCACGAAUAGCUCCUCCUCCUCCUCCAUGACCACCCCACUCAUUCGCAUGAUGGAAAAUACAGAUCACUGUACCUUCUCAACAUUGAAUACUCCAGAAGGAAAGGAUUCCAACAACACCAUCUCAAGUCAAGAAGAGAUUACCUUGUUCAUCAAACCAGCCCGAAAGACUGCCAAGUAUUUUCUCAUGUACAUUCCUCCCAAAUUGUACUGUAGCCCUUACAAGUAUGAUCUCAUGUUGCGUGUUCCAAGUCCUAUCAAUGACUCGAAUGACUUUAUAUUUACUCUUCGUGAUGCAGAGACUGGAGAGAAGAUUUCAAAGAACAAUAAGGGCGUUGAAGCCUACUGUAUUGAAAGAACAAAGACUCAAAGAAAGAAUUACCUUAAACCUGGAUUCUCGAAUGCUACCUUCCGUUUGAAUUUUUCUGUUUGUAGCUUCCAUAAUGGAAGAAAGCCAUUCAUUCUAACCAUUCAUCUCCGAAGCAAGUCCUUGAUGCAUAAUGUUAUGAAUACUGGAGGCGAGAUGGACGGCGAUCAAUUAUUAUUAAAGAGUGAUCCAUUCUCGAUCUUUGCAAGAAAAGCAGGCACUAAGGGACAACCAACCGACGAUGAUUGGGGUGUUGCUGCUCCUCAACAACAACAACAACAAGGAGGAGACUCGUAUGGUGCUCAUCAAGGCUCAAGUAGUGGUGAAGAGGAAGAAGUCAAGACGCCACCCAAAAAGAAGAAAUCCUCUUCAAAGAGAAAGAGAACUAUAGAUGUCGCUACUUCAAGCUCGAAUGAUCAACAAACCAGCAUGGCGACAUCAUCCAAAAAGACCAAGUCUUCAUCUAAGAUGGAUAUGUCGAUCCCUACUAGCGAGGCAAGCCAUGCAAGUAGCAGUAGCGCCAGUAGAAGCAGUGGUAGCUCAUACUCGAAUGAUCGUGUGAAUCAACUUCGAGAUCAACAAAGCAAUCAAUCAUUGGUCAAUUUUAAUAAUCAACAACUAGCCACAGAGAAUAUUGCAACAGAGUUCGACCAACUCUCUGAACCACAACAGCGUCCAACACAACAAGAAGCACAGAGCAACACUUCCUUUACCAAUUUGUUUGAAACUGAUCAAUGGUCUCAGUUCUUUGAAAACAGUACUCUCUCACCUGAUAUUGCCCCAUUCUUGGAAGAAGAGAUUGUCACAUGCCAAAAUCAACCUCAACCACAAUCAGCCAUCUAUCAGCAGUUUGGAGGAGAUUCAACGACAAUACAAGAUCAACAGCCAGCUGUAGACCUAACCAUGGUUCUGUAUCAGGAGUUGUUGAAGCAAUUUAACAGAAAUUCCCAGUUGCCUUCAUUCAUUUCUCAACCAAAGCCAGAAUUGAAUCAAAAAGUUUGGUCUCAACAAAUCCAACAGCCUCAAUAUCAACAGCAGACGUUGCAGAACACAACAACUGUUGAUCCUCUUGAUUUGAGCAGAUUGCUGAGAAAUAACAUCUCUGUACAAGCGGCACAGAACACAAACAACAACAAUUUGUUGUUGUCCAUUGAUGAGUCUUUGUACACAAAGCUAUUUGGAAGCAAUUACAAUCCAAAUAAUUACUUUUUUAACAAUUAA